UGACAGCAGAACUGAUGCGAUUGACACUUUGUUACUAAUAUUUAUUUUUUGGUUUGUUGUUAUAUUAAAAGUCCAUUUAUUAAAUUAAUACUACAAAAUUAAAUAAACUAUAACUCUUCACAAUGAUUGAUGUUAAAACAAAAAUUUGCUCGUUUUUUAUUUUUAACUCCAGUUUUGGGCCACGCGAGGGCGAAGAGCUACAAAGGAUAUUGUUCUACCACCCCAGUCAGACCAGUGCUGAUACACAAAAAAUGCAAGUCGGUUUAUGUGAAGCGGUUAUUAAAUUCAUGACGACAUUCUCACAGAAGCCAUGCGAAGCUUUACAAACACAAACAAAAAAAUACAUAUUCUAUCAACCAGAAAAAGGGUAUUGGAUGGUUCUGGUAGUCAGAAUUCCAUAUACAACAAAAGCUUUGUCAGCUAUAGGAGAAAGUAGAGGGACUGACUUUGUAGUCCCAUCAGUGAUGUAUGAUCUACUAAAGUCAGCUUAUAAAAUGUUCAGAAUGUUCAGAGGCUUAUUCAAAAACUUUUCAAUAGAAGAAAUAUAUUCAGUUUGUGACCAAUUCUUUACACCAUACAUAUUGUCUAGAAAUAUAUCAAAUGAUGUGGCGGAUGUCAUUCAGGGCAUUAAUUAUCUGCCGUUGGACAAGAAUUCAUUCUUUAAAGUUUUAUGCUUCAUAGACUUGUUAGAAGUAAAUUACCCACAUUUCAAUUGCAUUUCAUUUAUCUAUAAUGAACAACUUAUUUGGAAUGGAUUAGCUACAGAUGACAUGUUAACUUUAUACCAAUAUUUGGUACAGUCUUUAUUACCAAAGGAAGUGGAAAAAGAAAUCCAUGGAGGCGCAGUCGCUGCUGCCCAGAGACAUGGUCGAUUUAUCCAUCCUUCUGAUGGCAACCAGGAAGAAAGACUUAUGAAAGUGUACCUAAAGCGAGAGGAAGAUACGGAAGCAAGGCAGUAUUAUUUAGUUGUCUACAGAACCAUGAGUGCCACUAUCUGUUUGACUGCUGAUGUAAGUGUGGAUCUACAGCCCGAGAUGUUGAGAUCGUUAGACGCAUUUAUUGGACCCCAGCUAUCAACAAUAGCCUCGACAAUUGGUGAACAAUGCACAAUACAUGCACUACAAACAGCACAGCUUUUAUCAGAACACAAGUUUGUGUACUUUAAUAGGCUGAAUUUGGCGUUGAAAACUUCUCCUUCUGUGACUAAACUGCACCCUUCCACUGCUGUAAAACCUGAAGUUUUAAGUAUUAUUGCGGAUAUACAUACUGAUAAGAAAAGCCUUGGAAACUAUGGAGAAAUUAUCAUUAAAACACCAGAUGAAUAUUGGAUCACAGGAAAAACUUCUAAUGACAGAGAAUUUUAUGUAAUCAUUCAAGAAAAAAGUGCCAAUCUCAAAGAAAUAGCAGAUGAAGUAAGACGAAUAUGUGAAACCCAAAUGAAAGGGAUAUUUUUUUAUCCAAUGUGAACAUAAUUAUUGUAUCAAAUUCAUUCAUUAUCUGGAAUGUCUGGCAACAGCACAGCACAUGAGUGUAUAAAACAAAUGAAUUAUUACAGUUAUAAAUUAAAAUAGGAAAAAUGUUAUCAUCAUUAUAUCAUUUAUUACUGUAUUGUUAAAUAAAACAAAUAUUAUAUUAUAACAUGUCUAUAAUUAUUUCGUAAAUAUUAUUUAUUUUACAUUUAACACUGGGCAAUGAAUACUCAUAAUAACUUAACAGUAAUUGAAUGCUAAUCAAGAGAAACUUUGUCUUCUUUUUUCCAAAACUUCUUAUAUACUCUAAUAACAAGGUCUCUAUUUUCAUAUGCCCAUGCUAGAAGAACAAAAAGUAAUGAUAUAGCUCCAAUAGAUAUAUGUAGAAUUAUAGAAUCACGAGAUAUCUUAUUUUCAGACAAUUUACAAACACAGCCUGCUAUGAAUAAAGUCAACAAAAAAAUUUUACCAACAUAGAGACCUUCCAAUGGCUUAUAAUCUGUACCUUUGUAUUUGUUACUGAUAAAAUGAACACUAUGAACUAUCCUAGCAAACAUAUUAAUACAAUUUGAUACAAUAAAACCUACUGGUCCGAAGAGAUAAGUUAAAACAUAUGACAAUAAAAGAAAACUUAUCGAAAAUAGUACCAUCAAAUAAUUAUAACUGUUCAACUGUGUGCUUGUCAUUGUAGCAAAUGCAUAACAUUCAGUAACUCCGUUUACUGCUAGCAAAACUAUAGCUAAACAAUGGCUUCUGAGUAAUUGCACUGGCAAGCCACUUGCAACAAAUGACUCUCCUCCAUACAACAAGAGUAGUGUUCUAGCAUAACUUUGUCCAAAUACUAAAACUAUUAAACCAAUAGAACUGACAGUUUUGCAUACUUGUGACAAUACUGUGCAUGAUUCUUGAAUUUUGUUUUGGUCUUGCUUGUGAAGAGGCAGCUCUCUGCUCACCAUUUGGGUGAAAUAGAAGUAGCUGCUGUCUUCAAUAGGUCUGAAAACAAACCUUGCUGCCAGGCUGCCCAAGUUGUUAACUACAUCAUAAGUGGCCUGCUCACUAAAGCUCAUUACAGGACUUACUGACAUCACAUAUUUCUCUCCCUCAGUUAACAGUUGUUUAACAACACCCUGCUUGGCAAAACUAAGUGUCAGUGUGCCUAAUUUCUUACUAAACAUUGCAUUUACUGAUCCACUGUACUUUGGUAAGAAGUCUAGUAUUGAUGUAAAUUGAAAAUCAUCCAUAUUAUCAUACAGCCUGUGCAAAACUGCUUCAGGUACUAAUUUGCUUUUUAAAGCUCCUUUUCCAUAUAGUGGUUUAUUUUUGAUGUACCAAUAGAAGAAUAUGUAGUAACUGACUACUAUAGCUCCAAUGCUGCCUACUUGUGCCACAGAAAAUGCAAUGAGGGCAAGGGACCUGUCAUAUAUAACAAUUGAUAAAAAUAAUAAGGUUCUUACAAAGAUAUGGAGAGUGUCAAGAGCAACUUUUAAUUUAAUGAAACAGAAAAGUUGUGCCACUAGGGCAACAUUGGCAGAACACAACUCUAACACACAUGACAAGGCCACACUCCAACAACCAAAUGUGUAUUGGAAGGCAUGUUCUGGGUGGCCCAGUGGUAGCCAGUUCAGCCAAAUAUAAACAAAUACAAUUGACAGAAAACAACUUACAGGUACAGAAAGCCAAAUUUGGUUGAUUAGUUGCCUCCAACUAAACUCGUCUUUUUGUCCAAGGCAUGCUCUAUUGAAUGGUUCCCGACUGAGAAAUAGUAUUGUACUCUCCAAGAGCAGUAGCCUUACAUUCAUAAUACCAAGAACUUCAUGUCCAACAUUCCUAAUGACCCAUGCAUUUAUCACAAAUGUUACACAUCUAAAUAAAAUUUGAAAUAUUAUAUUAAAUGAUGCAUUUUCAAGGCUACUCAUUAACAAAUUUCGUCCCAUGUUGAUUUAUUUGUUGAGCUCAAACAUUAAUUGCAUUUCCUUCACUUAUGCUUGGCUGUAUACUGCGCUUCACAACAUAUAUCUUCUUGUUCGACAAACAAAUCACGAACCAUUGAUCAUCGUAAGUUAUAGAUAUCUUCUUGAACUGCUCAUUUGGUCCAAAUG